UUAAAUUAAAAAAUAUAUUAAAUGGCUUAAGAGAAGGAAAUUGAAAUAAAGGAAGAGAAAGAAUAAACAUAAGAACAUCAUCAUGAUCACAAUCAUGAACAUGAUCACGACCAUGACCAUUCAGAUGAUGGUCACGACCAUGAUCAUCAAGGAGAUGACAAAGACAAGAAGGCUAAUAGAGGAGAGAAGAAAUUCAAAAAAGCCAUGCUCAAAUUAGGAAUGAAGCCUGUGACUGGAAUCACCAGAGUUACAAUUAAAAGAGGAAAACAAUUCCUACUUUAUAUUGAUAACCCAGAAGUCUUAAAGUCAGCAAAUGUUGACAACUCAUUCAUUGUUUUUGGAGAAGCUAAAGUAAAUGAUCCAUCAAGUCAAAUUGGCAAGAAAGAGGCUGAUAAUUUAGCAUCAUAAGUGUAAUAAUUUAAUUUAUAACAUUUAGUACCAAAUAAGUUGAGGAAAAGCAAGAAUAAUAAUAGGCUCAAAAUACAGAAUAAGUCAGCGAUGAAGGUAUUCCACCUGAGUCAAUUAAAAUGGUUAUGGAGCAUUGUAAAUGUGAUAGAAGUAAAGCAGUGGAAGCACUUAGAAAAUCUGAUAAUGACACUGUCUAAGCCAUUCUCACCUUAACUGGAUGAUGAUUUAUUAUGUUUGAGUAGAUAUAUAUCGUAUAGAAAUCAAU